CUUUUUUACUUGACAGGCUCACUUUCACGUUAACCUCGUCAUCUUUCUUCUCUUGUCAGCAGGACAUAAUAUAGAGAGAGCGUCAUACAAUGGCUGCCAAUCCUGAUUACCAAGCAAUUGAUUUGCUAAGAGAUAGAGGUUAUGUGCCAGGGAAAACGGAUACAUUGCUGCCAACCCAAGUAACUGAUAACAUGAGCUCGGAUGAAACGAGGGAAGGAAGUCCAAAAACACCUGUGCCUUACACCCUGAACAGUGAUUGGUCCAUGUGUCAACCAAUAACAUUCAACGGUGGGAUCCGUACCUCUGUGAAAUGGAGCCAGCAGGUGGAGACAGAGUACUCAGUGUAUACAGUCGGCUCAGCAGACAGUGAGAUUGAUUUAUAUGGAUCUGGUCUUCAUAUGAAUCAGAGCCCUACUGUUGAGGACCCUCUGCCUGCUUUAGGCCAGAUGCAGGAUAGCAGAAUAGUACAUCGUACCAGACUGGACUGUACUAUAUGUGUACAGCGCAGCGACGAAGCUGUGAAGUUCUGCCAGGAUUGCAAGGCUACUUUCUGUGAGAACCAUGUUAGAGACCACUACCAGGCCCCAGGACUGAUGAAACACACAUUGGUGGAGGCCACUGAAGGAAGGAAAACCAUUCCAAAUGUAGAUGAUCAGGUCCAUGAAACAUAUGUUGAAACAGAACAAACUGUGCCUCAGGUCUGCUCAUGGAAAACAGCCUUCUUCUUCAGUCUUCUGGGGAUUCUCAUUCUGGUACUUGCCCUGGUAGGACUUGCAUGUUAUACACAAUUGUGUGUCACUGUACACGGGUCUGAGGUGGGAUUUCAGCAACGGAUUGUUCUGCUGGGGAAGACUGGAUCAGAGAAGAGAGCAUCAGGAAACACCAUCCUGGGAAGAGAGGCCUUUAAAGUGGAGGCUUCACCUUCGUAUGGGCCACAGUGUGAGGAACAAGAUGCUGUUGUGGGCCAAAAUAACAUAACUAUGAUUAACACCCCAGAUGUGUUGCCAUCUGAGGAACUUGCAGGUAAAGUAGCUCAAUGCAUCAACAUCUCAACACCUCACGUGUUCCUGCUGGUGAUCAGGUUGUGCAAUUGGUGUACAGAAGAGGAGAAGAAAACUGUCAAAUGGAUGAAUGAGAACUUUGCGGAGGAGGCCCUUAAAUACACCAUUGUGCUGUUCACUGGUGGAGACCAGCUAGAAGGGAAACCAGUGGAGGAGUAUCUAAUGGACAAUAGUGAUUCCCUAAAGCUUCUCAGUAUGUGUGGUGGUAGACAUCACGUCUUCAAUAACAAAGAAAAGAAUGACCUCACUCAGGUCACAGAGCUGCUGGAGAAGAUAGAUGGAUUAUUGAAUGAGAAUAGGGGAUACUAUCAUGUGACCAACAUCUUGACCCGGAGGAGAGAGGAGAUCAGGAGGAGGGAGGAGGCUCUGAGAAAGAUACUGGAACAGGAGGUUAGAAAGAGGGAUGCAGCCAUAGCAACGAUAAGAGAGGAGGAGGAGAAAAAGAGGGAUGCAGCCAUAGCAAUGAUAAGAGAGGAGGAGGAGAAAAAGAGGGAUGCAGCCAUAGCAACGAUAAGAGAGGAGGAGGAGAAAAAGAGGGAGACUGAAGAGAGAAAAGUCUGUGAGGGGGAAGAUGAAGGGAGGAAGGUCAUUGAUAAUCUGGCAUUGAAAGUCUCAGGCUCAAAAAUGUAUGUAGGAGUAACAGUGAUCACAAUGAUCAUACUAAUUGUCCUUUAAUGAUACUAAACUGAACAUUAGGGAGUCUUUUCAUUUGGUAUUCACAAUCAUCAUCUGAACAUUAGGGAGUCUCUUCAAUCAUCAUCUGAACAUUAGUUUGUCUCUUCAAUCAUCAUCUGAACAUUAGUGAGUCUCUUCAAUCAUCAUCUGAACAUUAGUGAGUCUUUUCAAUCAUCAUCUGAACAUUAGGGAGUCUCUUCAAUCAUCAUCUGAACAUUAGUGAGUCUCUUCAAUCAUCAUCUGAACAUUAGUGAGUCUCUUCAAUCAUCAUCUUUACAUUAGUUUGUCUCUUCAAUCAUCAUCUGAACAUUAGUUUGUCUCUUCAAUCAUCAUCUGAACAUUAGUUUGUCUCUUCAAUCAUCAUCUGAACAUUAGUUUGUCUCUUCAAUCAUCAUCUGAACAUUAGUGAGUUUCUUCAAUCAUCAUCUGAACAUUAGUGAGUCUCUUCAAUCAUCAUCUGAACAUUAGUGAGUCUCUUCAAUCAUCAUCUGAACAUUAGUUUGUCUCUUCAAUCAUCAUCUGAACAUUAGUUUGUCUCUUCAAUCAUCAUCUGAACAUUAGUUUGUCUCUUCAAUCAUCAUCUGAACAUUAGUUUGUCUCUUCAAUCAUCAUCUGAACAUUAGUGAGUCUCUUCAAUCAUCAUCUCUUAUUGUAAAGCAGGGUGACCUCUGAAAACAAAACAAGUUUGCAGAUGAAAAUGAUAAGUUCAUUUAUUAAUUGAUUUCAUUGAUUAAUUGUUAGAAGUGGUUUUAUAUAUUCUUUAAGAACAUAUCUCCCAUUAUAACCUGGUGUUUAGAGAAAUAUAAGAUACCUGCACUUUCUCCAAUGGGUGAACAAAUAA